AUGCCUGCUGAAAAGAACUUAACUAUUCAUUCAAUAACAAAUUCAAAUGGUGAUACUGACGACAGUGUCGAUGAUGAAGAAAUACCCAUACCAUUCUCUUCCUCGUUGAAAUUACAUCGUUUACAAUAUACAUGGAUCCAUUGGUUUCUCCAAGCUUCCGGGACAAAACCAUGGGCUGAGUGUUUGAUUGCUAUUAAUAAAAAACCAAUGGCCUAUGUAGAAGAUUUUUGGGCUACAAUCAAUCAUCUUCGUCCACCAAGUCAAUUAACAUUUGAGUGUGAUUAUUAUUUAUUUCGAAGUGAUAUUCCACCUCUGUGGGAAUCACCUACAAACAAUGGCGGUGGACGGUGGCUAUUGAGUGUACCACAAUAUAUAGCUGAUAGAUAUUGGGAUGAAACAUUAUUAGCAUUAAUCGGUGAUCAAUUUAUCGAGGAAUCAGACGAAAAUACCAGUAUACCACCGUUAACUGAUUUUAUACAUGGAUGUGCAAUUCAGUUCAAAAUGCAACGGGACAACCGUCAUUACAAUCGUAGUGGUGAUGGAAACCGAUCAAAUAUGAAAUUAGCAUUAUGGACAAAGUCAGCCGAUAAUGGUCAGAUACAAAGUUUAAUUGGACGACGAUGGCGAAAUAUACUAGAAAGAAAUCAAGAAAGGGGCGAGCAAGUCCCACAGUUAACAUUUUACGCACAUACAGAUCCAAAACAAAGGCUAUUUACUGCUUAA